UCCGUCUGGUCUAAUCACACUUUUACUGAAUAUCUAGAACAGAGACAAUAAGAAUGGCAGGACAGCAAAUUCAGUGGAGAUUGAAAAAUCUGUACUUUGUAUCUUUAUUUUUUCUUCAAUGCUGUUCCACCCAUGCAUCAGGAGGUCACCAACUUUGUGUAACCUUUGGGUGUUUUGACUCAAGUGGCACCUUCCUCACUGUGACAUUGGAUGAUGAUGAGUUGGGUUAUGCAGAUUUUAAAAACAAUAUUGGGGUUUUGAACAGCAAACUAGCAACAGCUGUUGAAUAUGAAUGGGCUUACAAAUAUGCAGAAGUGUGUCAAGUUCAAUGUGAAAAAGAUAUAUAUCGAUGGAAAGUAGACCCAGAUGUAAGAAGGACUACAGACCAACCAGAAAUGAUUGUUUACCCGAGAGAUGAGCUCAUUGAAGAUGAAGAGAACACCCUUGUGUGUUUCAUCAACAAAUUUUACCCUCCUGCGCUCAACAUCAGUUGGACCAAGAACAAUAAAGAAGUGGCAGUGGAAAACCCCUUCUUCAAAAUUGUAUCCAACUCUGAUGGGACAUUUCAUGUCUUCUCCUAUCUGAACUUUGUUCCAAAGCAAGGAGACAUCUACAGCUGCACUGUAAAACAUGAGGCACUAGAGGAACCUGAGACCAGGACCUGGGAUGUUGAAACGGAAGAGAGGAGUAUAGGUCCAACUGUCUUCUGUAUCUCUGGUUUGAUUCUAGGGGUUCUUGGAAUUGCUGGGGGAACUCUCCUUUUUGUGAAAGGACGCCCAAGAUUUUGCUGAUUAAUCAAUAUUAGUGUUGCGCCGAUGCCAUUUUUUGGCCCCGAUACCGAUAUCCGAUACCUGGCUGUGCAGUAUCGGCCGAUACCGAUACCAUAAUAAUGUAAAAUAAUUGCCAUCAUGGCUUU